CAAAUAUUUAAAGCAUUAUUCAUUUGAAUUACAGGUAGCUGUCGUGCAGCGAAAACAAACCAAAGACAUGGUUGAUGACGAUCACGUGAUUAGGCGGAGUAUGGAGGAGCUCCGCCAUACGUUUAGGACGGGAAUAACCAAAAAUGUUGAUUGGAGAAAAGCACAACUUGGAGCAAUUCUUAAACUGAUCAAUGAAAACGAAGAUACCCUUUUUGAGUUACUUCAGUCUGAGCUCGGAAAGCAUCCCGUUGAAUCGUAUCGUGAUGAAAUUGGGGUAGUGAAGAAAUCGAUCGAACAUGCAUUGAGUUGUAUUGACCAAUGGGUAUCCCCAAAGAAGGGUCGACUACCUCUACUUUUCUUCCCAGCAAGUAGUAAAGUGAUGUCUGAACCACUUGGCAUAGUUCUCAUUAUUGGUUCAUGGAACUUCCCAAUUUCAUUGACAUUAGACCCGUUGGUAGGAGCAAUAUCUGCUGGUAACACAGUGGUGCUAAAGCCAUCAGAGUUAGCCCCCAAAUGUGCCUCUUUUCUUGCCAAAACGUUGCCAGAUUACUUGGACCCCAGAGCCAUCAAGGUUAUAGAAGGUGGAAGGAAAGUGUCUAGCCAGCUGCUAGAAUAUAAAUGGGACAAAAUUUUCUUUACAGGGAGUACAAAGGUGGGAAAAAUUGUGAUGGCCGCAGCCGCAAAGCACUUAACCCCUGUCACAUUAGAGCUAGGAGGAAAAUGCCCUGCCAUCUUUGAUUCCCUCCCUAACUCGGAUAUGAAGGUGGCUACAAAAAGAAUUGCUGGUGGCAAAUGGGGGCCUUGCUCUGGACAAGCAUGCAUAGGAAUCGACUAUUUGCUUGUGGAACAAAAGUUUGCCUCUACUCUGAUUGAACAAUUGAAGAAGACUAUUAAAAGAUUUUAUGGGGAUGAUGUGAGAAACUUGAAAAAUCUUUCUAGAAUCGUCAACAAAGUCCAUUUUGAUAGACUGCGAAAUCUUCUUGGAGAUCCUGCUGUUGCAAGUAGUAUCAUUUAUGGUGGUUCCUUCGAUGAACAAAACUUGAUUAUUGAACCAACUAUCUUGUUAGAUCCUCCAGUAGACGCAGAGAUCAUGACUGAAGAGAUAUUUGGUCCGUUUCUUCCAAUUUUAACAUUGGAUAACAUUGAAGAAAGCAUUGGAUUCAUCAACUCGAAACCAAAGCCUCUUGCCCUUUAUGCAUUCACCAAAAAUGAAAACUUCAAAAAACGGAUAUUAGCAGAAACAUCAUCUGGGAGUGUGACUUUCAACGAUACCAUGGUUCAGUUUGUGUGUGACAAUCUACCAUUUGGAGGCGUUGGGCAGAGUGGGUUCGGUAGGUACCACGGGAAGUAUUCUUUCGAUACAUUUAGCCAUGAAAAAGCGGUAUUGGAUAGAAGUUACUACUUUGAGCUUGAGCCGAGGCAUCCACCAUGGAAUAAAUUCAAGUUGGAGUUCUUAAGGUUAGCAUACAGCUAUAAGUAUGUGGGUCUGGUCCUACUUCUGUUGGGGUUGAAAAAGCCAUCAAAUUCUUGAGAUAAAAAGAGGGCGAAUGUGAUUGUGAACUUGUUAUACAAAGGCAUCUAGUACGAUUAUAUAUGUAAGUCUGAUUAACGUAACCAUAUUUAUUGAUUUAAAUGCAUGAAGACUGUAUUAUUUUGUGAAA